GGGGCAGCCAGCAGGGUGCGCGGCAGAGAGCCGAGGGGGCGGGCUGAGGGGCGGCCCCGGGAGAACGCGGCCAGGUGGAGGAGGAGCGCGGAGGCCACCGCAGCAUCCACCUGCUCUUCUGCCACCGGAGCACCCUGACUGUGCCACCCCGUAGGCCAUGGAGAAUGAGCUGCCAGUCCCCCACACAUCCAGCCGGGCCAGCAUCACCACCAACACCAGUGGGACCAAUAGUAGCAGUGGCUGCAGCAGCAGCAGUGGUGGUGGCAGUGGCCGCCCCACUGCACCCCAGAUUUCUGUCUACAGUGGUAUUCCUGACCGGCAGACUGUGCAGGUGAUCCAGCAGGCCCUGCACAGGCAGCCCAGCACGGCGGCACAGUACCUGCAGCAGAUGUAUGCUGCCCAACAGCAGCACCUCAUGCUGCAGACAGCAGCCUUGCAGCAGCAGCACCUCAGCAGCGCACAGCUCCAGAGCCUUGCAGCAGUGCAGCAGGCAAGCCUGGUGGCCAACAGACAAGGGAGUACUUCUGGUAGCAGUGUGUCCUCACAGGCUCCCGCCCAGUCUUCCUCACUGAAUCUGGCAGCCUCCCCAGCAGCAGCCCAGCUUAUCAACCGGGCACAGAGUGUCAAUUCAGCCACAGCCUCGGGCCUUGCCCAGCAGGCCGUGCUCUUGGGCAACACGUCCUCUCCUGCCCUGACUGCCAGCCAAGCACAGAUGUACCUCAGGGCACAGAUGCUCAUCUUCACGCCCACGGCCACCGUCGCUACUGUACAGCCUGAGCUCGGCACUGGCUCCCCCGCUCGGCCCCCUACCCCUGCCCAGGUACAGAACCUGACGCUUCGAACACAGCAGACACCAGCAGCAGCAGCAGCAGCAGCAGCCUCGGGCCCUGCCCCUACCCAGCCCGUCCUGCCCAGCUUGGCCCUGAAACCCACACCCAGCAGUAGCCAGCCUCUGCCUCCCACACCACAGGGCAGGACCGUGGUUCAGGGUUCCCCUGUGGGUGCCAAGCCUAGUGUGACUGACAAUGUGACGGAGCCACUCAAGACAGAUGGCAACAGCAACAUGGAGGCCCGGCCUGGGCCUGACCGCGCCACCGUUCCUACUGUGGCUACUCACCAGCUCACUGCACCAGCUUACACUCAACUGCAGCCACACCAACUCCUCCCACAGCCGUCAUCAAAGCAUCCACAGCCCCAGUUUGUGGCCCAGCAGCAACCACAGCCACCACGGCCUACACCCCAAGUCCAGUCCCAACCCCAGCUUGCCGCAGUCUCUCCAAGCCUGGCCCUACAGCCCAGUCCAGAAGGCCAUGCCAUGCCUCUAGGCCCAGUGACACAGGCCCUGCCUCUCCAGUGCUCUACUGCGCAUGUCCACAAGCCAGGGAGCAGCCAGCAGUGCCACCUUCCCACACCAGACAGCGGGUCUCAGAAUGGACAUCCUGAGGGUGUGUCCCACGCCCCCCAGCGAAGGUUCCAGCACACCUCAGCUGUGAUCUUACAGUUGCAGCCCGCUUCUCCAGUGCCCCAGCAGUGUGCUCCCGAUGACUGGAAGGAAGUGGUGCCAGCAGAGAAGAGUGUGCCUGUGACUCGGCCAGGCCUGUCCCCACACCAGCAAGCCAUCAUCACUGCCAUACCUGGUGGCCUGCCUGGACCCAAGAGUCCCAACAUCCAGCAGUGCCCAGCUCACGAGACUGGGCAGGGCAUUGUUCAUGCACUGACCGACCUCAGCAGCCCCGGCAUGACCUCAGGGAACGGAAACUCUGCCUCCAGCAUCACCGGCACUGCCCCCCAGAAUGGUGAGAAUAAACCACCACAGGCCAUUGUGAAACCCCAAAUCCUGACGCAUGUUAUCGAAGGGUUUGUGAUCCAGGAGGGGGCGGAGCCUUUCCCGGUGGGACGCUCGUCCCUGCUGGUGGGGAAUCUCAAGAAGAAGUAUGCACAGGGGUUCUUGCCUGAGAAGCUUCCACAGCAGGAUCAUACCACCACUACCGACUCAGAGAUGGAGGAGCCCUACCUGCAAGAAUCCAAAGAGGAGGGUACUCCCCUCAAACUCAAGUGCGAGCUCUGUGGACGGGUGGACUUUGCCUACAAGUUCAAGCGUUCCAAGCGCUUCUGCUCCAUGGCUUGUGCAAAGAGGUAUAAUGUGGGAUGCACCAAACGGGUGGGACUUUUUCACUCAGACCGGAGCAAGCUGCAGAAGGCAGGGACCACAACCCACAACCGCCGGCGGGCCAGCAAGGCCAGUCUGCCCACACUUACCAAGGACACCAAGAAGCAGCCCUCAGGCACUGUACCCCUUUCAGUUACUGCUGCCUUGCAGCUGGCACAUAGCCAGGAAGACUCCAGCCGGUGCUCAGAUAACUCAAGCUAUGAGGAGCCCUUGUCACCCAUCUCAGCCAGCUCAUCCACCUCCCGACGGCGACAAGGCCAGAGGGAUCUGGAGCUCUCUGACAUGCACAUGAGGGACCUGGUGGGCAUGGGACACCACUUCCUACCAAGUGAGCCCACAAAAUGGAAUGUAGAAGAUGUCUAUGAGUUUAUCCGCUCUCUGCCAGGCUGCCAGGAGAUCGCUGAGGAGUUCCGUGCCCAAGAGAUUGACGGGCAAGCCUUGCUGCUGCUCAAGGAGGACCAUCUAAUGAGCGCCAUGAACAUCAAGCUGGGCCCUGCCCUGAAGAUCUACGCACGCAUCAGCAUGCUCAAGGACUCCUAGAGUCUGCUGCUUGCCCACUGCGCCACCAGGCAGCCAGGGUUCUAGCCCCAGGCGGGCCCCGCCUCCUGAUGGAGCAGAGCCACACAGACAUUCCUGAGGAGCCCAAGAAAGGGCCAGUUUGGAGGGAAGGGCUCUCCCUAGGGGUGCAGCUGUGAGGAGGUCUGAGUACCUCUUCAGUGGCUCUCAGGGGCCAUUUCUGUUGGAAGGGGUAGAGGUAGGUGGCACAGAAGAUGGGGCUUUGCGCUUGUAAAUACUAAUAGCACUGGCUUCCUCCAAAGUCCCAAUGUUCUAGCCCCCCCCCCCUCUUCUCCUUUCUCUGUCCCCCAUUUUCCAGGGGGUUUAUGGUCAGGGCUCCCCAACCUGAGUUGGGUUAUUCCCAAGGGCAGCCGCAGGCCUGGACAGAGGUCUUGAAAGCCCUUGCCUUCUCUCCCCUUACCCCCUCCAGGCCUGGUUAAUCUUCCGUUGCCAGCUUCUCCCACUUCAACCUGUUCCCACAGCACCCAGGGGUUCUACCCCUGUACCCACUGCAGGUGGAGAGAGAGAAGCUGGGCCCAGUUUGGCCAUGCCUGCUGGCACAGACGCCUUAACGCUGUGUGUAUGACUGUGUGACUGGGAGCCUGGACUGGCUGACAGGCCAUGAGAUCCCUCUGGCAUCUCCAGGUGUUUUGUAGCAAACAGCCACUUAGUGCUUUGUCCUGGACUCCACUCAGCCUGAGGCUGGGGAAUAUAAAAGGCAGACCCCAAGAGUUGGAGAUUAGAGGUCCCCUCCAGAUAGCAGGAGGUUUCUAGGAAGGUCUCCAUAGCAGACUUGCAGUGCGUCCUGCUGGUUGGCAAACAACAUAAGCUACAGGGACGAGACCAUGUGGCCCAAAGGCUGUGCCGACUGAAGGCUGGCUGGAGGCACUGUGGACGAAGCCUUUGGUUUUCCACUCCAUACCUGCUCAUAAGACUUGUAUAGCAGUGCCAGCUACCUAAGGAGGGGCAGGCAGGAAGGGCCAGGGCCUGCCCCUGUCCUCACCAACUCUGGGAAGUCCGCUCUUCCUGAGGGGGGUAGGCACCUUCUCAGCUUGCUAUGCCCUUUUCCCCAUACCUCCAGGCAGGGUUGGAAAUGAAGGACUUUUUUAACCUUUUCUUUUGUUUUUAAAAAAUAAAUGUGUAAAAUCUG